UUCUGCCUGCUGAGACCACUCCGUGACGUCACUUCUCCCCGAGUCCGAGGACCACCCACCAUGUCGGCAGUUACGGAGGUUCAGAACACCACAACCGAGGCCCUGGCCGCCCUGCUAGACGGGGGUGACGGCGCCCUGGUGACGCUGGUGGCGGGCGAGACGAGGGUGGCGGCUCACAGGGCCGUGUUGGCGGCCGCGAGCCCCGUGUUCGCAGCGAUGUUCGCGCACGACAUGCUGGAGGCCAGCUGCGGUCAGGUGAGCAUCGACGACGUGGAGGGCCCGGUGCUGAGGCUCCUGGUCGCCUACACGUAUACCCUGCAGGCCCCCCAGCUGCCCGACACGGCCGCCCAGCUGCUCUCGGCGGCCGACAAGUACGGCUUGUCGGCCCUGAAGGCUGCCUGCGAGCGGCAGCUGAUCUCGCAGUUGGCCGUCGAGACCGCAGCGGCGACGGCCGUCAGGGCAGUGAGGCACUCGUGCCCGGACGCCGCCAGGGCUGCCGUCGCCUUCAUAAAGGACCACCUGCAGGUGAUGGCCACGCGGGGCUGGGCGGACGCUGUGCUCGAGUACCCGCAAGAAGUCAUUGAAGUCAGCAGUAUGCUCGGUGAGCCACCUGCAGAAGCCAGCUCGCCGACCGCCACAGGGGGCGGGUCCACCCCCAACUCUGACAGUCAACCCCACAGCGGCCACAGCCGGUCUCCUGCUGCAGCUGCGCCUCCCACGUCUGCCCGACACACCCCUCCACCCGAUGACGCAGCCGUCUCGCGCUUCCGGUGAGUUGUGUUGCCACAC